AUGCCGGGCCCCGCUCUCAAUCCGUCCGGCCCCGCCCCCAUGUCGUCUGGCCCCGCCCCCAUGUCGUCUGGCUCCCCACCCAUGUCGUCUGGCCCCGCACCCAUUCCGUCUGGCCCCGCCCCCAUGUCUCCCGGCCCCGCCCCCAUGUCGUCUGGCCCCACCCCCAUGUCGUCUGGCCCCGCCCCCAUGUCGUCUGGCCCGGCACCCAUUCGGUCUGGCCCCGGCCCCGCCCCCAUGUCGUCUGGCCCCACCCCCAUGUCGUCUGGCCCCACCCCCAUGUCUCCCGGCCCCGCACCCAUUCCCUCUGGCCCCGCCCCCAUGUCUCCCGGCCCCGCCCCCAUGUCGUCUGGCCCCGCCCCCAUGUCGUCUGGCCCCACCCCCAUGUCGUCUGGCCCCGCCCCCAUGUCGUCUGGCCCCGCCCCCAUGUCGUCUGGCCCCGCCCCCAUGUCGUCUGGCCCCGCCCCCAUGUCUCCCGGCCCCGCCCCCAUGUCGUCUGGCCCCCGCCCCCAUCUCGUCUGGCCCCCGCCCCCAUCUCGUCUGGCCCCCGCCCCCAUCUCGUCUGGCCCCCGCCCCCAUCUCGUCUGGCCCCCGCCCCCAUCUCGUCUGGCCCCCGCCCCCAUCUCGUCUGGCCCCCGCCCCCAUCUCGUCUGGCCCCCGCCCCCAUCUCGUCUGGCCCCCGCCCCCAUGUUUCUGUACGAGCCUAGGCCUCUGUACGAGCCUAGGCCUCUGUACGAGCCUAGGCCUCUGUACGAGCCUAGGGCUCUGUACGAGCCUAGGCCUCUGUAUGAGCCUAGGGCUCUGUACGAGCCUAGGGCUCUGUACGAGCCUUGGCCUGUGUACGAGCCCAGGCCUCUGUACGAGCCCAGGCCUCUGUACGAGCCCAGGCCUCUGUACGAGCCCAGGCCUCUGUACGAGUCUAGGCCUCUGUACGAGCCUUGGCCUCUGUACGAGCCUUGGCCUCU